AUGCUGCAAUUCGUGAAGCAAUACAGGCAAGCCUUGGGUCAAGAACUUCAACGCCUCCAGGAUGGGGGUCGCAGCAGAACCCUUGGCGACUUCGGAUGGUUGGACUCCGGGGCACUCGAUGCUUUCGCCGAGAGAUACUUCGCCAUCGACGCUGACGAGAGAACUACAACACUCGGCUUCGCUGCCUCGGAAGGAAACAAUCACAUGGUGAGAUGUCUGUUAAGGUGGAAGGACAAGGACGAGCAAGACCAGUUCGGAUACACGCCACUCAUGAAAGCAGCCGAAAACGGCCACAUGCCUGUCAUGGAGACCCUGCUGGACCAGGGUGCCGAUGCCACCUUUAGGCACCUCGACGACGGUAGUACUAGUAUCAUCGCUGCUGCUCUCGGAGGAUAUAAUGAGAUAGUCAUUGCUCUGUUGAACAAGGGGGCUGACAAGGACUCUCCAGCCGCAAAUGGACGGACACCACUGAUGGAGGCGUCCAGAAAAGGCCACCUUCCUGUCGUGAAGACUCUACUGAACGCCGACGCGGAUGUAACUCUCGCUGCCCAUGGUCUCACAGACGAAGAUUAUUGCCUUGGAGACAACUGUACUGCUCUCCACUUUGCUACAGCGGGAGGGCAUCUUGGUGUAGUCAACGCCCUUUUGUCCAAAGGGGGAUUGGAAAUAGAUGCGGUGGAUACUGAUGGAACCACGGCACUGCAUUUGGCAGUAAUAAUGGGUAGGUCGCUGCCCAUCAUGGAGACCCUGCUGGUUGCUGGUGCCGAUCCAGAUAUCCGUAUUAAUACGGGUGGAGUCCAAGACUGCCCUCUCGAGACGGCCUGCCACUCUAAGGAUAACAUCGGCACUUACCAUGUGUGUAAAACCCUUAUCGACCACGGGGCCGACGUCAACUCUCGUUGUCCUUUUGGUUCGACACCGCUGCAUCAUGCGUGCGAUUAUAGCCAAAGUGAUGCGGUACUGAGACUCCUCUUGCAGGCGGGUGCGGACGAGAACGCGUUGAAUGAUGAUGGCGAUACUCCUGGGGUACGCGAACUUCUCGCUGACCGAGCGUGGCGUCGCAGGGGCUGGCUUGUCAUGCUUCGUUUGCGCACCCUGAAGGCUGGUGGCGACGGUGGUGCUGCGGGAGCGCGCUCGGCGAAGCAGCGGGGAGGGUCUGGUGGCGGGGAGGAGAGCUUCAACCUGUCUGAGGCGGUGGAGUGGCUUGGGGUGGUGGAAGAAGGCGUAUUCCGCAACGUUGUCAGCUUUCUGUGA